CACACACAUCAGCAGUCGCUUUCACUGUCCGUCGCCAGCGUGUGCAUGUGAACGGUUUCUUCCACAUUUUCACCAGGGAUUUACAUCCACACGGACCCGCUGCAUCAAAAUGUGUGGCUGACGAACACAAUUCAGGAUAACCGUGGCCUAAAUCCCCAAAUUUGUCCUCCCGUGAGUGUCCAAACUGAGGAUUGGCUCCGGCCAGCGCUGCCACCAUGUCGGGGAAAAUAGAAAGCAAGCACGAAUCCCAGAAGUCUCACCUGUCGUCCUUCACGAUGAAACUGAUGAAAUUUCAUUCCCCGAAGAUUAAACGAACCCCAUCCAAGAAAGGCAAACAACUCCAGCCUGAACCUGCAGUGAAAACGCCAGAGAAGCCAAUCAACAAGAAGGUGAGUCGACUGGAGGAACAGGAGAAGGAUGUGGUCAGCGCUCUGCGAUACUUCAAGACAAUUGUGGACAAGAUGAACGUUGACACGAAAGUUCUCCAGAUGCUUCCUGGUUCAGCUAGUAAAGUUUUAGAGGCUAUUUUGCCUCUGAUGCAGGUCGAGGCUCGGAUACAGCACAGCUCUGCGAUGUCCUCCUGUCACAACCGUGUUUAUCAGAGUUUGGCGACUCUGAUUCGCUGGUCCGACCAGGUGAUGCUGGAGGGCAUCGACCUCGACGACAAGGACACUGUGACGACUGUUACCACGGUGAUCAAAGCUGUGCUGGAUGGUGUGAAGGAGCUGGUGAAACUCACUAUAGAGAAACAUGAGCAACCAUCCCCGACGUCCCCCAGCAAACCAGCGCCUCCUGUGGCCAAAAUAGAGAGUGUGUGUGAAAAUCCUCUAACCGAAAGAGAGAAGGCCAUCUUGAGUAAGACCACGCCCAUUGUCACGCCCACUGACAGCUUGACUGACAUGUCAGAGGAGGAGGCUCCGCCCAAACCUCCUCUACCAGGACCCAAACUAGCAGAGCACAGGAACAGGAUGCAGUUGUGCUCUGAUCCUGUUGCCGGGCAGCGGAGGGCCACGAUGAUGGAAACUCCACCGGCUCUGCCUCCGAAGAAGCGCCAGUCGGCCCCGUCACCCACUCGUGUGGCAGUGGUGGCCCCGAUGAGCCGGGGUCCGUGUAGUCUCAGCCUGCCUCCUGGAGCCCUCAGACAGCAGCAGGAGUUUGAUGUGGAUCUCCUCCAGAGGCGUUUCUCUGGCGGCAGUCAGUCGUAUGAUGGAGAGUCUCCUCGUCUUUCUCCCUGUAACAGCAUGGGAAAACUCAGCAAAUCUGAUGAGCAGCUUUCGUCUCUGGAGCGAGACAGCGGACAGUGCUCUCGCAACACCAGCUGUGAAACACUCGAAGGAUACGAUCCAGAUUAUGACUUCUUAAAUCAGGAUCUGUCCGUCUCUGAACCGCUGCCGUUUCCCACCAACACCGGCGGCAGUCUGAGCCCUCUCCCAGAGUGCAACACUGAGUCUCAGUCUCUAAGCCCCGCCCACAUCCCUGCCCGCCCACGCUUCAGCGCUCCAGUAACCAAUCAGGCAUCCCUAGACUACUGGAAUCCAUCCCUCACACCUGGACAGGCCAAUAUUGUGCUUCCUCCUGCUCUCCCACAGAAGAAGCGCCGCUCUGCACCAAUCAUAUCGGCGUAUCCUCUGUACGAGCGCCUCCCGUCACACUACGAUAACCUAUCAGAGGAGGAGCAGCCCACGCCGCCAUUUCCAUUGGUUACGCCGGGGUCGCCGCAGGUCAACGGAGACGGUGUUUUACAAUAUACAGACGCUGACAGUCCACCACCGCUGCCGGAGAAAAAGGGCAAACAGAUCCUGCAGUACAUGCAGUUUGUGGAGGAUUACUCCGAGCCGCAGCCGUCCGUCUUCUACCAGCUGCCUCAGAGCGAGAGUAUUUACGAGCAGCGCAGGAACAAGCGCUUUCAGGAGGUUUACGGCCUCAACGACUCAUACAGCAGCUCCGACUCCAUUCCCGCUUCAGCUGCAGAUCCGCACGAGCGCGUCCCGCCGCCUGCGCUGCCUCCCAAACUCCGACAACUGGCCUCCUGCACUACUACUACUACUUCUCCCCCUCCUUCAUUCUCUUCUUCUUCUUUUUCAACUCUCCCUCCUCCUGCUGGCCUUCCGGAGGAGGCGGAGCCUGCUCUUGGUCUCAGCCUAUCAGUGUCUAGCUCCUUCCUCUGUGGCCACGCCUCUUUGACCACUCCUUUGAGUUCGGAGCCGGUUGGCUUGACCAAUAGCGGCAAAGCUCUGGAUGGUGGAGGUGUCUCAAACGGGUCCUUGACCAGCUCUCUGCUCUCUCUGGCUGUUUGUCUUCCUUCUGAGUCGUCUCUCUCUGACUCGCUUCUUACCUCAGCGAGUGAAAGCAUUGAUGAAAGUGGUGAAGGAGAAUAUGUGAACCUGUACUCGUCCACACAGGCCAAUGGAGAAAACACACACCGCACUGAAUCUUUAUCAUGUGACGAUGUGCUUCAAGACCACGCCCCUCACAUUCCCUCGUCCAAUAGCAAGGAGGCUCUGUCUAAGGAGAGGCCGAAGGAAGCCAGUCACGGUCACAUUGAUGAUGUGGAUGAAUUAUCCCUUAUUGAUCAUAAUGACAUCAUGAACCGCAUCACACUCAAAGCAGAGAAUGAUGAUGGUCCUGAUGUGAGAGCUGGAUCUGUAGACAUACUGUUAGUUCACGCUACAGAAACGGACCGCAAAGAUUUGGUGCUGUACUGCGAGGCGUUUCUCACAACCUACAGAACGUUCAUAACACCCGAAGACCUCAUCAAAAAGCUCCACCACAGAUAUACCCGCUUCUGCCACAGUCCAGACACCUUCAAGAAGCGCGUCAGUAAAAACACAUUCUUUGUCCUGGUGAGAGUCGUGGAUGAACUCUGUCUGGUGGAGUUGACCGAGGACAUCCUGCGUCAGUUGAUGGAUCUGGUGUUCCGGCUGGUCUGUAAUGGUGAACUGAGUCUGGCGAGAGUCCUGCGGAAAAACAUCCUGGAUAAAGUGGAGCAGAAGAGACUCCUGCAGCAUAUGCACACACUCAGACCUCUGGCGGCACUCGGCGUCUCUGCCAGGCCAGGAACACUACAUGAUUUCCGCAGUCAUGAGAUCGCCGAUCAGCUGACGUUGCUGGACGCAGAGCUCUUUUACAAGAUUGAGAUUCCCGAGGUCCUGCUUUGGGCAAAGGAGCAGAACGAAGAGAAAAGUCCAAAUCUGACGCAGUUUACAGAGCACUUUAACAACAUGAGCUACUGGGUGCGCUCUAUAAUCAUCCAGCAAGAGAAAGCUCAGGACAGAGAGAAACUGCUGCUCAAAUUCAUCAAAAUCAUGAAGCACUUGCGUAAGCUGAAUAACUUCAACUCUUACCUGGCGAUUCUCUCGGCUCUGGACUCUGCACCAAUCAGACGGCUGGAGUGGCAGAAACAGACAUCUGAGGGUUUGGAGGAAUACUGUACUCUCAUCGACAGCUCCUCUUCAUUCAGAGCCUACAGAGCAGCGCUGGCGGAAGUCGAGCCUCCGUGCAUACCUUACCUUGGUUUGAUCCUGCAGGACCUGACGUUUGUUCAUCUGGGAAACCCGGAUUUUAUCGAGGGAAAAGUGAAUUUCUCCAAGCGCUGGCAGCAGUUCAACAUUCUGGACAGCAUGAGACGCUUCCAGCAAGUACACUACGACCUGAAGCGAAACGACGACAUCGUCUCGUUCUUCAACGACUUCAGCGAUCACCUGGCGGAGGAGGCAUUAUGGGAACUCUCGCUCAAGAUCAAACCCCGAAACAUCUCACGGCGCAGGACAGAGCGAGAAGAGAAGACCUAGAACCCCAAUCUAGACCAUUCACGGUGAGACCCGAACCUCCUGCAGAACCUUGGGAGCCCACACAAAGCCGUUUUCAGUUCUUUACACGAUCCUGAAGGCGAUUUUGCACCCGUAAACCAAGACAUUGGCAGUAUUUCCCCCGCAGAGCGAUGACUUUAAACUCAAAAGCGGGAUUUAUUCAGUAUAAACGUACAGAUAUAGACUCACGGAGGACCCGAACGCUGUGAUAUAAAGCUAAAUCUUUCUCUGUUUGCGCGUGUGUGCAUAAAGACACUCUGAGAGGAUUUAUUUGAUAUUAAAACACUGUGCCUGAUGUUUAUGUGUCCGCUCGGACGUAACUUUUGGCCUUGCGAAGGUCAUUAAACCUACGAUUCGCCCAUUUAAUACUGUGCAAAGCGUAUGAUUGGGAAACGGGCGGACAUUUGUGCAAUCUAUCGUUUUAUAAGGAAUAUUCAAUGAUCGGUUGAAAAAGAGUGCGUUUUGACUGAUUUAUGGACUAUAUGGGAUAUAUUGAUUCAAAAGUCUAAGAACGAACCAGAUGUUUGGACUCAUUUGGGUGUUUUUUUCGUGUCAUUUUGCUAUUUUGUGCGCAACCCUUAUUGUAAUUGUUUACUCGUCGCAAUGCUUACAGCCCCUCCAUCCAGAGCUGUCAAAAACAUGCUAUUUUUUAAUAAAAAGACAGAUGUGUUUUAUAUGUGCAA